AAAAUUCCGAAAUCCUCCCGCGCUCGCCGCUCCCACAAAGCGCCCCCAAUCCAAACUCCAUUCCAGAUCUCCAGCAUUCCUCUCCGGCUCUCCCACCUCCACCGAAAAUUCUCGAUCUCGAUCCCCCCCGUUGAUGCGCCAAUGGUGCGGGAGCUCCGCGCCGACUCCUUCUACUCCCGCCUCCGCGCCGCCGCCGCCGCGGCCGCGGCGGCCGCCUCCUCCCCGCUGCUGAUCCUCCCUUCCGCGGCCGACGCCGACUCCCUCUGCGCGCUCAAGGCGCUCGCCCACGUCCUCUCCGCCGACUCCAUCCGCUUCUCCAUCUACCCCGUCGCCUCCGCCGCCGCCGCCGCCACCCUCCUCGCCUCCUUCUCCGCCUCCCAGCCGCUCUGCUUGCUCCUCAUCAACUGGGGCGCGCACCGCGACCUCCGCGGAAUCCUGCCCCCCGCCUCCACCGCGUUCGUCGUCGACUCCCAUCGCCCCGUCCACCUCCACAACCUCGCCGCGGCCAACGACCGCGUCGUCGUGCUCUUCACCACCGACGACGAGCACACCGCCGAUCUCUCCUAUGAUUUUGACGUUUCCUCCCUCGCCAACGCCUCCGACCUCACCGCCGACGGGGACGUCGACGAGCACCUCCGUGUCUCGGAGGAGGACGAGGACUCUGACGCCUCCGACUCCGAUUCUGACGCCGAGGGAGGGAGAAGGAAGAGGCGGCGGCUCUCGGACGACGGGGAGGCGGACGGUGACCCGGAGAGGCUGUUCGGCAAGCUGCGGAGGGAGUACUACCGCCUCGGCACCUUCCACGGGAAGCCGUCGGGGUGCCUCAUGUACGAGCUCGCCCACACGCUCCGCAGGAACACCAACGAGCUCCUCUGGCUCGCCUGCGUCUCCCUCACCGACCAGUUCGUCCACGAGCGCAUCACCAACGAGCGCUACCAGGCCGCCGUCAUGGAGCUCGAGCAGCACAUCAACGGAUCCGGCAACCUCGACCCGUCCGGCCUCGGGUCGGUGGUCACGCUGAAGGAUGGAACCAAGAUCCGGGCGCCGGAGGCCUCCCGCAUCGCCUAUGAGGACGAGCCAAGGCUGAUGCUGCUGCGGGAGUGGAGUUUGUUCGACUCCAUGCUCUGCUCCUCAUAUGUCGCCACCAAGCUCAAGACCUGGAGCGACAACGGGCUGAAGAAGCUGAAGCUGCUCCUGGCGAGGAUGGGGUUCCCGCUCGCCGACUGCCAGAAGAGGUUCCAGUACAUGAGCAUGGAGGUCAAGCGCAAGAUGCGCGAUGAGUUUGAUCGCUUCCUGCCUGAGUAUGGGCUCACUGAGUUCUACUACCGGAGCUUCCUGAGGGUGCACGGUUACAGGUCCAAGGUAUCUGCUGCGGAUGUUGUGUAUGGCGUCACAGCUUUGCUUGAAUCCCUGAAUGCUGAGUCCAAGGACUCAAAGGAGUGUUGUGCUGCUGAGCAAUUUUGGGUUGCAUACUCUGCGUUGUCGCUGAGCAAUGUGGAUCAGCUGCGAAAAGGAAUGCAAUCUGCAAUUGAGAUACAGAUGGCGAUACUGAGGCAGGGAAGCUCAGCCAUCACCAAGAGUGGAUUCAUACGGAGUGCGAAGAAGUUCCGGUGGGUGAAGCUUGAUGAUCCAGUGGACACUGCUAAGCUGUGCCACCCGCAGGCGCUUACCAAGUUCUGUUUCUUCCUGAUGGAUGCACUGAAGGAGAGGGGUGCAAGGAUGAAGCCGCUAAUCUGUGCCUGCCUAGCAAGGGAGCCUGAGAAGGUGUUGGUCAUUGGUGUAUGUGGGAAGCCAAGGCUCGGGGCAGUUCAGGGGAACGCGUUCGGUAACGCAUUUAGGUCAGCGGCAGAGGAGAUCGGUGCUGAUUAUUUCCAUGACAUGUUUGAGUCAUCAUGGAUUGUUCUUGAUGUUGUUGCUGUCAGUUCUUUCAUGAUUCGGUUGACAGAGAAGCUUUGAUGCCAUGUGCUUGCCCCAAGCUGAUGAUUCUUUCAUUCCCAAGACGGGAAACCUGAGGCUUGUUCUCUCUAAAUAAAGGAGAUUGACUGGUUGAGGAUGUUGGUGCAUGCCAUGUUGUCCACCUGAUAUUUUCACCAAAUUACAGAUAGCAGCCUGACAAACAUUGUAAUUUGCAACAUCUGAGUUGCUUGGCGAUCAUGUUUUUAGUGAUAGAGGAGAGUUUGUUCCACUCUCCAACUGCCCCAUUAGCAAAGGAUAAUCCAACAGAUUCAGAUGUCAACCUGAUUCUGACAUACAAGGGGCAAGGUACACUUGCUUACUGGUUUCUCUACCUGAUAGAAUGGAUGUUUGUAUCUGUACUUGCAUAAGCAUGCGGCUUUAUUGUAGGAUAAUGUUGUAUUCGUUUCUGUAUCAAUAAAGUUGUGUCAAGUUUUUAGUGUGCAAA